AUGAUUGUAAUCGAAAAGGGAAAUCAAAUAACCAUUGAUGCCAAUGUAACGAUUCAGAGAUUCGGUUCAGAUACCAAUUCAGAGAAAGAAAACGAAACUCAAUCUAAAGAAGAUCUAAUACCGAAGAAGAUAGAACCUGUCCAGAGAAUAAGAACAAAAGCAAAAUUGAAUUUGGAAACCCAAGCUGAAAAAAUGAAAGCCAAGUCGUCUGAUAAAUAUCCAAAUGUGAAAGUUGGCCAAAAUGUAAGACUGAAAGUACCUGACAUUGACAAAGCUAAAACUGACCCGAAAAUCAUUAUUGCAGUUGUGAUAGAUGUAAAGGACAAUGAGUUUUACCAACUAGGUACCAGUAUUGGAGUACUAAAGCAGCUUUACACACAGAAUCAGUUUACUUCAUGCUCUAAAGAUUUUAUUAAGAUAGACGAAGUUGUUAAAGAGAAAGAAGUGAGUCUUCGAGAAGCUGUUGGAAAAUUGUCGUUGACUGGAGGACAAGUAUUCAAAAAAUGUAACUGUCUCAAAAAAUGCUUGUCGAAGAAUUGCGCUUGCAAGUCAUCAGGAUUACUUUGUAAUUCUAAAUGCCACAAUAGCACCCCGUGUUGUAACAAAUAA